AGAAGAAGUGCAGCAGCAGCAGCAGCAGCAGCAGCAGCAGCACCAGGGCAGAUGGCGGACGGCAGGCAGGAAGCAGACGAGCUGUUUGACAGGAUUCUGUUGGCGGAUGAGAGGUUCCGUGGUGAAGGUUAUCAGGAGGGCUUUGAGAGGGGAACGGCCAGGGGUCUGCAGAACGGCCGUAGACACGGCGCCUCCCAUGGAGCCAAGCUGUCCUCAGAGAUCUCCUUCUAUCAUGGAUUUGCUGUCACUUGGAGGAGUCUGCUGGAGGGUAACGCUGACGACAGGUCCAGGAAGCGUCUGAAGGCGCUAGAAGCUCUGCUGAAUUUGAUCCAAAGGUCUCCUCUGGAGGAUCCGCAGUCCGUUAAGCUUCAGGAGGACAUGGAGAAGCUGAGAGCCAAGUUUAGACAGGUCUGUUCGAUGCUAAACGUCUCCACUGACUUCAAAGAAUACAUCAAGACAGCUGAAGGGACUUCGUUCUGAUUGUUCCAGGGGGGCCAGGCGGGGGCUGCCCUCACAGACGGGUCGCUCUGCAGGAUGUUUAGGGCCGUAAAGCCAGAGGGCGUGGCCUAAUGGCUCCGCCCUAACUGCUGUGGAAACCUUUGGGUUUGUGCUGAUCCAGGCUCUGCCUGAUGAAGCAGCAGCUGAGAAGCUGAGGCUGUACUGGAGUGAUUGAUGGGUGGGGGGGGGCUUAGCAAUCAUCUGAUGGGAUGGACUUCUCCGCACACGCUGUGAUCAAACUUUCUAAUUACAGAUGUGAGGAAACGGUUUGUUUGUGUUUCGCCAAUAAAUCAAUUGUUGCCAUUUUUUUUCCUCUGGUUCCUUCUUUCAAACCCACUGAACUCAAACAGAAAAUACAGGAAGAGAAACUGAAUGUCAUCAUUAUUCUCUCUUUUUGAUUAGUAAGAAAUGAAAUAGAAACUUCAGCGCAGCCUUUGAGCCACAAGGUGGCAGUAUCGUGUCCUCUCUGCUCCAUGUGCCAUAAUCUGCAUGGAGCAGACAGUCUACCAUUAACAGAUUCUCUCUCAUUUUUGCUUCAUCUUUCUUUUUAUCAGUCUGAUUCUCAGUCAUCCAGGUCAUAGUCAAGUUUUAAAAA